CCACUCACUCUCCCCGCGCCGGUGGAAUGAGUGCAGCCAGCAUGCAUCGGAGAGAAAUUCAACUGCGUGCACACAGAGACGAAGGCAACCCGCAAGGAUUAUAGCAACCGCACUUUCUGCACAUUUUUUGGACUAAGUAACAGGAAAACAAGAAGACACGUGGGUUUCCAGUAGUGUGAUAUCCGGCUAGGUUGCGUUGCAAUGGAAUAUGCACAUCAAACGCUCUCAUCUAAGGAGACAGAUGAGGACAGGAUGAGUAAGACACCCCCUAACAGAAGAGGAAUAACCUUCGAAGUAGGAGCACAACUAGAGGCCAGAGACAGCCUCAAAAACUGGUAUGCUGCCAACAUAGAGAAGAUCGACUAUGACGACGAGAAGGUCCUGAUUCACUACCGUCAGUGGAGCCAUCGUUAUGAUGAGUGGUUUGACUGGACCAGCCCCUACCUGAGGCCCGUGGAGAGGAUCCAGCUGAGGAGACAGGGACUACAGGAUGACUGUCCUGUCCCUGUAAGCCAUGGAUUCCACGUGCAUGACAAGGUUCUAGCCAGUUGGUCUGAUUGCCGUUUCUACCCUGCCAAAGUUUUGUCAGUGAACAAAGAUGCAUCCUACACUGUCAAGUUUUAUGACGGAGUAGUCCAGACAGUAAAGGAGAUUCAUGUAAAGCCAUAUGUUAGAGGGCAAAGAGAAGUAGGAGGGAAGCCAGGAUCCGCUGACAGGAACAGAGCCAGAAAGCCCCGGAACAAGAGAGACAGGAGGCCUCAGGAGAACGGGGGCUUGAAGAGGAAGAGAGCCAGACGCAGCACUUCUGACCAGGAAGACGACAGCAACACGGAGGACGAGGAUGAUGAGGAUGAGUGGGAGGAGAGAGAAGGAGACGAGACUUGCAAGAGGAAUGACAGUGACGAAGAUGGUACCAAAGAGAGAGAGGUUCCAGUGAAACAGGAGGAGGGUGCCCAGGAAGCAGAACAGAACCACCUCAGGGAGCCAGCGAAAGAGACUGAACACCUAAAUGGCGUGAAAGAAGAGGAGGAGAAUGGGCAAAGUGAAGGACAAUGCAGUCAUCUUUUGAAUGGAGGAAUUGAGAAAGAGGAGGUCGAAAUGAUGUCUGAACACAAAUCCCAGAUCGAUGAAAGCUCGCAUAAUGAAACUAAGCCAUCCACUGAAUCACCAAAUCAGACAUCACAGACAGUGCCUGGCACAGUGGUAUCCAUUGCAUCCACCAAUGAAAACAAGGAACAGGAGGUAGCCACCCAACCAGACACCUCUAAAGCAGAGGUGCAACCAGCCCCAAUAGUAAAACCCGUUAGAAAGCAAGGGUUUCACAACCCCAACCGCUUCAGCAGAGAACCAUUGUACAGAGUCAUCAAAAACCAGCCUCCACCAGUCUUGUCCAUCAAUCUGGACCACAACCCAUUUAAAUGCAGCUCUCCAGGAUGCACUAAGUCCUUCCGCAAGGCCAAACUGCUGCACUACCAUAUGAAGUACUACCACGGGGAGGACCAGCCUCUGGAAGAACUCAGCCCCACCCAAAGUGUCCAGACCCGGGCCUCAGACAAGCAGACGUUCCCCAAUAACCUGGAGAGCCCCAAAAGGAGGCGCACCAUCUCUGCUUCAAUGUACUCCACAGUGCAUAAUCCCUACAUAGUUCCACCAUCUCCUCGCAGUGAGGUAAAGCCAGCGGGCCGGCGCACGUCAGCUCCCCCUGCUGUCACCGCCCAGGGCCAGCAGCAGAGGGCGCUGCAGAGGGAGAAGAGCAAGGAGAACCAGCUGGACAGGAACGGAUGCAAAACACUGGAUGGGGAGAAGAGUGGUCUGGAUGUAGUGCUGAUGAAAGAAAGAGACAGACUUAAAGAUAAGAAACCAAAAGACUUCCUCCGCAUCAAACUCAAGAAAAAGAAGAAGAAAAAGAAGUCUAAAUCUGAUGAGGAUAGUGUCAGUGAUUGGUCGACUGACAGCUGUGGAUGGAGUGAGGAGGAGUAUGGGGAGGAGUUGGAUGUUACUACUCCGCCAAUGAGUCUGGACUCUGUUACCUUGGAAACAAGUGACCAGGAGAUAGUGCGCUGCAUCUGUGAGGUGGAAGAGGAGAAUGACUUCAUGAUACAGUGUGAGGAGUGUCUGUGCUGGCAGCAUGGAACCUGCAUGGGCCUGUUAGAGGAGAAUGUUCCAGACAAGUAUGCCUGCUACAUCUGCAGAGACCCACCAGGUCAGAGGCAAAACCUGCGCUUCUGGUAUGACCGCGAUUGGUUGAGCAGCGGUCACAUGUACGGCCUGUCCUUCCUGGAGGAGAACUACUCCCACCAGAACUCCAAGAAGAUUGCUGCCACCCACCAGCUGCUGGGGGAUGUUCACCAUGUGGUGGAGGUGCUGAACGGACUCCAGCUCAAGAUGAGCGUCCUACAGAGCCAGACCCACCCAGACUUGCGUCUCUGGCGCCAGCCCUGGAAACGCACAGAGAGGCCCUGGAAGAGGGGAGACUCGUAUCCGGGGACAGACACGGUGCCGUCUCCCAUGGCGACGGAGGAGGAUCGGGCCCACAGUGAGGUGUUGUCCGCCGCUCUGGAGAAGCUCAGCAGAGCCACCUCGGCCUCCUCCUCGUCCUCCUGCUCCUCGCCCUACCAGUCCUUCCAGGACUCUUACAUCAGCAGCGAGCACUGCUACCAGAAGCCGUGGGCUUACUACCCUGCUGUGGAGCAGAGGCUGGUGGUGGAGACCCGCCGGGGCUCUGAGCUGGAGGACAGCCUGAGGAGCACCGAGGACCUGCUGGAGAGGGAGCAGCGCUACGGGGGGCUCCUGGACACAGACAAGCCCAAAGCCCUCAACACCAUCACCAAGGCAUCAAACGGUAGUUGCUGGUCCCAGACGGAGGUGAAGCAGGAAGAGGGCGUGGUGUGUGGCGGGGCCCAGGACAGCAGUGGGCAGCGUCAGCAGUGGCAGAUCAACCUGCUGGACCACAUAGACGCGGUGCAGGACGACGUCACACACAGGAUGGACUUCAUCGAGAGGGAGCUAGAUGUGCUAGAGAGCUGGCUGGACUACACGGGAGAGCUGGAGCCCCCAGAACCCCUGGCCCGGCUGCCUCAGCUCAAACAGCGAGUCAAGCAGCUGCUCGCCGAGCUGGGCAAGGUGCAGCAGAUCGCGCUGCGCUGCGCCACGUGAGGGCGCCAGAGAGCAGGGCCUCGAGACAGCAGCGCCGCCAUCCCACCCCGUGCUCAGCAACCAGACGAUGCAGAGAAACACUGAGAUGAACGUUCACUGGUCUGCAAUUACAAGGGUUGGAGGGAGGAGAUGCGUGGGGGGAAAGGAGUGGAGAUGUAAAUGCAUGGUAGAGCGCCAUAUGGCAAGAGGCUCCAAAGAGGUAUUUGAUCUAAAAAGGGAAUGCACUGUGUAAAGCAAGCAUUCUGUUAGACGAUCAGACGCACAAUAGGUGAUCUCCUUGUCAGUGCUAUAGGAAGUAAACAGAGCCAUGGGGCUCUUAGUGCAAAUCAUAACCUUAUGAAUGCCUUUGUAUGAGGAACUGUUAAGCUUGCCCUCAACAUUACCUUGCUGUACUGUAUAUUCAAAGACCUCACCUGAACUCUGGAUGAACACGCCUAACUUCAACAUGGCAACUUCUUUACUGAUUGAACAGCCAUAUGAUUAUCUAAACCAAUACCCUUGUGUUUUCUCGUUAUUGUGAAGUGCUUAGAACUUGAUUUUUUUUUCAGAUGCAUAUAAUUAUUAAGCUUAUAUGUUUGCUAAUGUGGACUUUAACAAAGCACAAGCUUUGACUGAAACAUGAAGUAAAGCGUUUAUUCUCAUAUAAUGGCACUGUAUGAGUACAUUGUUUCUGUAAAAUUUAUCUCUACCUUUACGGAAUUGAAUUCCACAGCAGCUUCAGGGAACCAAGGUUUAGUUUCAUAACACACUGUGAAGUUAUUUUUGUCCAAAAUCAAAGGGGAUUGAUGGCAACAGAUUAUUUGAUUUCAUGUUAUUUUUGUGCUGGGUUUGCUUUUCUUGUACUAUAUUGAUGUUUAUAUCCCAUUUUUCCAUUUCCAACUGCGAUUGUUGCAUUCAGCCUUUUGACUUACUGCAAAUAUUCUAUCUGGAGAUGUCAUGAACCUAGAAUCUUGUGGCCUGUUGUCAGUGAUAAGACUCCUGUGACAUGAUUGUACAUGUUGUUUUCCUAUACAUGUUUAUUGUUUCAUCUGUACUGUUUAUUUGCAAUAUUUUGUAUUGUGUGUUAAUACAGCAUUCAAAAAUGGUCUUUUGGGACAUCUUUGUAUUGAAAUGAAAUGUAUUUUUCAACAUUCAUGUCCAAAAAGGAUCAUUGUAAUGUAGGCCUGUGUACUAAAUUGUGAUGUUGAGGGGGGAAAGUAAAAAUGCUGGUACAUAAAUAAAUUCCCUUUGAUUAAAA